GGCGGGAAGGAAGUGGCCCGGGAAGGCCGGAAGCGCCGGUGACGAGGGGUUGGAGGAGCGGGCGCUGGCCGCUUUGCUGCUUGUCUACUUUUUGGAAGACUCGAUCUGUUUGCUGAGCAGACUGACCCUUCUCUAUGGCUUACCGACACCAGGUAGCGAACUGGUUGCCGGCUGUCCUGCCCUUAAGAUGUAUAACAAAGCAGGUUGCUUCAACGAAGAAGGUGCAGCCUUAAGGCCUUUUCUGACACAGAGCACUUGACACAACAGCUGUGUUAGCAAGUUCUCUGCUACCAUGGGUAGAAGAGGAAUUUAACCCUUGCAAAAGGAAAAAGCGAGUAGUAGCCCAAGGAGCAGCAGUUGUCCUGCAUUUGGUUCUCCUAGGCAACUCCAAAUAGCCACUGCCAAUGGAUGAACUGGUGCAUGACUUGGCCUCAGCCUUAGAACAGACUUCAGAACAAACCAAGCUGGAUGAGCUAUGGGAAGAGAUGGCCCUAAGCCCCCGGCAGCAGCGGCGUCAGCUUCGCAAGAGACGAGGUCGUAAGCGACGCUCAGACUUCACGCACCAGGCAGAGCAUGCCUGCUGCUACAGUGAGGCCUCAGAGUCAAGCUUGGACGAAGCUGUCAAGGAUUGUCGCGAGGUGCUGACAGCCAAUUUCAGUGACUCUGAUGACACGGCAGUGGUCAAACGACAUCCAGCUCUCAGUGCCACUCUGAGGAGUAAGCAACACUCGUGGCAUGAGUCAGACUCCUUUACAGAGAAUGCGCCCUGUCGACCUCUCAGGCGCCGACGGAAAGUCAAACGUGUGACAUCAGAGGUAGCUGCCAGUCUGCAGCAAAAGCUCAGGGUGUCAGAGUGGAACUGUGAGAAGGGAUGCAGGUUCAAGUUAGCCAAGAAACAACGUCUUUCACGUUGGAAAGAAAAUGCCCCUUGGACAUCAUCCAGUCAUGGCCUUCGUGAGUCAGGAGAGAACAGGCCCUUCCUCAGCAAAGGAGGAAGGAAGGAGCGGAUGGAAUGUGAAGCCGAUGAACAGAAACAGGGCUCAGAUGAAAACAUGUCGGAAUGUGAAACCAGCAGUGUAUGCAGUAGCAGUGAUACUGGCCUGUUUACCAAUGAUGAAGGUCGCCAAGGAGAUGAUGAGCAAAGUGAUUGGUUUUACGAAGGAGAAUGUGUUCCAGGAUUCACUGUCCCCAACCUUCUUCCCAAGUGGGGAGCUGACCACCGAUCUGAAGUGGAGCGGAUUGACUCAGGCCUGGACAAGUUCUCAGAUACCACGUUCCUUCUGCCUUCACGGCCGGCUCAGAGAGGGUUUCAUGCUCGCUUGAAUCGCCUUCCAGGAGCUGCUGCCCGUUGUCUCCGAAAAGGUCGAAGGAAGCUUGUUGGCAAGGAGACCUCCAUGAGCACUCUGGGCACCGAGAGGCUAGGUCAUAUUGUUAGUGAUCCAUGCCAGAAAGAUUUUUGGUUGCCAUCCAUGGGGAAGAGAGAUCGCAACCAGUUCAAUCCAUUAUCUCCUCUGUACUCUCUGGAUGUGCUUGCUGAUGCUUCCCACCGAAGAUGCUCACCAGCACACUGCACUGCCAGGCAAGCAAAUGUACACCUGGGACAGCUAUGUUCAAGGGACAUCAAGAGGAAACGAAAGCCAGCUGCAGCCUCCAUGUCCAGCCCAACGUUAGCAACUUUAUCUGUCCACGUGGAUGCAGCAGAGGCAGAGCUACCAGCAACACCAUCCCUGAGAUCCCAGAACUCUGAGUGGGCGGGGAAAACACCAGCAGCUGAGAAAGCUACCACGGUUGCCUCCAGUAACUUUUUUAAAAUGCCACCAGAGAAGAGUCCUGGAUACAGCUAAAGGAAGCAUUGCUCCUAUAAAAGCUUACUGGAUUUUGAAGUGUUUGACCUUGGUGUUUGGCAGUAGUGGUAUCUUCAGUGUUGGUGCGUGAUGUGUGCCAUCACCCAGACUGACCUGCGUGCCCCACAUACUUAAGUCAUGUUUGUGAAUAUAUGUUUAAAAAAGUAAUCAGUGUUGGAACUGCAGUGGCUUUUAAAAAUGUUCUUGCUAUUGCUGUAUUUAGUAUGCAUUUGUCUCUUCCUCUGAUGCCAGCUCAUAUGUGCUGAGUCAUGUACAGAUUCUUUUGGGUUUUCUGAUCUCUGUUCACCCCCUGGACGUGUUACUUGUUUGUGCAUUUGGUGGUUUUGGGGACUUUUGCAAAGUCCCACUAAUGCUCAGGGAGGCAAAAGUCUCCCCCUGCUUUCUUCCAGGCCAGGAGGAUUUCUUGGCUGGGAAAUAAGAAGAGAAUGCAAACAAGUUGAAACGUGGAACCUGAAUUCUGUAUUAGCAGAAUGUUUUUCAGGCCAUGUGCUAAUGGACUUGAAUGAUGUUGCUUCUAGCAAAGCAAAUACGAUGUUUGUCCAUUCAGAAAUUGCCAUUGGCUCACUGGCAGCAUGGUCAAUUAGAGUUUUUCCCUCUCCCUUGUUCUGAAUGUCUUUAGUCUUGCUUAUGUAUCGUAUGUUCUUUCCUAAAUCUCCUGCUGGGUAAGGAUUUGGACAUAAAUGUGCAAGCUGGUGUCCUGAAAAGGAACCUAGGCCCUUCAAUAUCCAUGGAGUAUGGUAGAGGAUAUACAAGCCCUCCACUUCUCAGUGUGUAAAUUAAAAAAUGACUGUUAGCAUUUCUAAAGAAUGCUUGCCCUUGAAGUUAAUGUGCCAUUGAACAAAAAAAGCCAUUUAAAGUAUCACCUGAGUUUGGAGUGUUCUGGAUAUUGACCGCUUCUGUCUCAGGUUUUCCCUCCCAGCAAAAAGUAUUGUCUGCUCAAUCUACUGGAGGUGACUCCACCUGCUGAUGGUUCUAAUUCACACUGCAGCAUACACAGGAAAGAUCCUCUUCUCUUCUCUUAAUAGGACUUCUACUUGAUCCCCUCUUGCCUUCUGUGUUGCAGAAUAUAUGGAUACUGAUUUUUUUGCCUCUCUUUCCUUGAAUUCUUGAUCACAGUCUACUGAGUUUUCUUGAAUUACCCUGUCUGGAGCUUAUUUUGGUCUAUGUUUUUAGAAUACAUACCUGCAUAGCACCUAUCAAGAAACAGGUGGCCUCAUGGCUUCUGAAGUCCAUUAGAAUCGGGAUAUAUUGAUAUGCAUAGAAGUCUUUUUGCUUUCCUCACUGGGUGGAGUUUUCAGACAGGGCUGUUUAAGCUUGUAAAAUUCAUCUUGACUGUGGAGGUGCAGUUAGCACUCUUAAGUAAAUUAAAAAAAGCAUGUUUUUAGUGGUUUUGCAGCGUUCUGCUUUCCCUAGUAAAUCAAGUAUCUGAGGGACAGAUUUGAUUGUGAGGAUACAAAGUGGUGAUUUAUAUUAAACUCUGUAUUAAAAUGUUAAAUGGUCAUAACAUACACAAAACAGAAAUUGAAUGACUUACUAAAUCAUGAUUGACAAAUACAGUUAUUCUACAGACACACUGUCCGUGUCUGAUCCCCUAAUACCUUCUUAUUCUUGGGGAGACAUCCAAAUUGGAUUUACAUUUUGCAGCUCAAGCAGACUGUCAGGUCUGUCAUUAUAAAUCCCUGUCAAAACCUCCCUUUUCCCUGACUUUUUUUCCUUCCCCCUCCCUUUUCAUUCUCCCCCCGCCCUCUUUUUCCUUCCUUCCCCCCCAGGUACAUUUUAGAACAAAUUGGAACAGGGAAAGCCUUUUUCCCUUGCUGAAGUACAACUGAGGUCAGUUUGGAUUAUGAGACAAGCUGUAAGGGUUUUGUGUAGAGAGGUAGUGUUCCUCUGUCAAAGUAGUCAUUGCAUGGUCCUAUUCUGUUCUUUUGAGCAAUAAUGCAUAGGAGGUAGCACAAGAAGUCCCAGCACUGUGAUCUAGAAUGUAUGAAGGGAGGACAAACCUUAAGAGUAGUGGCUUGACUAUCUAGUUCUCAUGAACGCUGUAAAGGGGAAAGAUAGUCACGUUUUCCUGACUAUCUGAUCCUGAACCUGCUGAUCAAUUUUUGGACUGGAAGCCUUGUAGCCUGACUUGCAGGAUGUUUCAGUGACAGGUGGUGGUUCCCUAAAAGAGCAUUUGUGCAAUUGAGUGUUUUUAAUCUCAUUAUGUUGGCAUAAUAUUGUCAUUUGUGUUCUCCUUUUUAAUAGAAUUUCUGACACAUCUUGCUGAACUCCCAGCAUUGUUCAGAGUACUUCUGUUUCUUCUACAGUGGCAGGACAGUUUCAAAAUUUUUGAGAGGUGUCUGAGAUGUAGGGAAACAACAGCUUUCAUCUUGCUCAUUGCGGAGAGGAGAUGGAGGGGUGCCAGACUUCACAUGAUUAUUCUCUGAGGGGAGGGAAAGAUAAUUUAUCAGAUUUUCAUAUCAAAGUCUGUAGCACUGUUCAUCUGGUUAAGCCCCUACUUCAGGCUGGAAGCUCCUAGGAGGUCUUCCUUGCCUUGAAAGGUUAAAUGUCUCUGUGGCAGUAUUGCACAGUCAGUGGCAGGCCUUGGUAAGCCACGCUUCCUGCCGUGGCAAUUUUCUGAAAGUGCCAUUAGACUCAAGGUGUUGCAGCUGCCCUGUCUUUGUUAUUGCUGGGUUAGAAUCCAUUUGCAGGUCAGUCAUGCUGUCAACCAGAUUUGAUUCUCCUGAGUGGUAGACAAGCUUAAAUUAAUCAUUUAUCUUGUUACUCCAGGGUAUUUAUCAAAAUUUAUCUUCAGACUUGAGCAGUUUGAAACAGAUUUGAAUAUGUGCAGGAUUCUUAGAUGAAUGAAGUAGGUGCAUUGUUUUGUCUCUUCCUCCAAGGCAGAUUCGUUAGCCCUCACACUGUACUCACUGCUCAGUGAAGGACACGGUACUUCAGGUAUGGAUUGAUUGAGUAGAAAGGAAUAAUAAUGUGCCUUGAUUUGGUAGCUGUGCUUCUACUAAGGCGGUACAAUAAGUUAUUAUUGCUGCAGAGAUUAUACAGUGCUAUCAUAUUCCACUCUUGUCCACCAGGACUACCCAAUCUUUUUCCAGGCUCAUCAUUGCUCCAGUUGUCUUCUCUCCUUGUCCUUAAGGGAGACUUCAACUUCCCACACAUCAGCUGGGAAUAUCAUACUGCUGAGGCAAGCAAGUCUGGGCAGUUCGAGAAUUUUUUGUCACAAGUACUCAGCGAGUCAGCUGGGAAGGUUGAAUUCCUAGGCUUGUUCUUUGUGACUAGAGGAGGGAAUGCAAUGGUAAGUGGCUCUUGGCCAUAGGGCUUGCCAAAUGGCCAAGUUAAAAAUUUGUGAUGUAACGAGAAGACAGUCAGCAGAGUUGCUACCCUGGAUUUCAAGAGAGUUAGCUAUUCAGUGAGCUAUUUAGCCAUAUUCCCUGGGAAUCGGCUUUUGAGGGUGUUGAGGUCUAUGAGCGCUGGUUGGUUUUUAAGAAGCAUCAUUUAAAAACAGUAGAGCAGGGAGUCCCUCAGUGUUGAAAGUCAAACAAAACAAGUUUGGUUGAACAGGGAACUCCUCUUGGAACUCAGGAGGAAAAAGACAUUGUAUGACCUCUGGAAGCAAGGUCAGGCUUUGCAGGAAUAUUUACAGAGCUGGCCAGUGUUGUCGAACAAUAAGAAAGGCUUUUUGAAGUACAUGAAUAACAAGAGGAAGUCUAAGGAAUCCAUUGGGCCAAUACUUGUUGAAGAUGGUCACUUGACAAAUCAAUAUGAAGAGAAAGUGGAGGUAUUCAAUGUUUUUUGUGUUUUUUUUUCCCUCGAUCUCUAUUUAAUAAUAUUGAUAGAUGUUGGGCUGCUCAGUCCUCUCUCGAGAGACUUGGAGGACUCUGGCUGUGGGAACAGUGACUCUGUGUACACUGAAAUUUUAAGAUAUCAGCUGUAUCAGUUGAGUGUAAAUCCAUGAGGCUGUAUGGGAUUCGUCCCAGAGUACUGAAGGAGCUAAUGGAUGUUACAGCAGGACCCGCUCUCAGUCAUCUACUGAAGGUCCUGGGAGUCUGGGAAGGUCCUUGCUGACUGGAAGCUGGACAAUGUUAUUCCAAUUUGCAAGAAAGGCAUGAGGGAAGACUCAAGAAACUACGGACCUGUUAGUCUAACCUCAGUACCUGGAAAAAUUAUGAAGAAAAUCAUAGAGGGUGUCUGGUGACUGGUCAGCAGCGGUGUUCAUCAGGGUUCAGUUCUAGGGGCAGUUCUGUUCAAUAUUUUUAUCGAUGAUUGGAUGCAGGAGCUGAAUGCACCAUUAGCAAGUUUGCUGAUGAUAGUAAACUGCAAGGUGCUGUUGACCCUCUCAAGGGUCAAGAGGCCUUGCAGAGAGAUCUAGAUAGAUUGGAGCACUGGGCUAUGAUUAAUGGGAUGAAAUUUAACAAGAAUAAGUGCUGGAAUCUGCAUCUGUGAUGGAGUAAUGGAUGGAUACAAGAAAAAAUUGGGAGAGGAGUGUGGAGAGCAGCCCUGCAGAAAGGGAUCUGGGGGUGCAGGCUCAAUAGGAGUCAGCAGUGUGGCAGGAAGCCAGAAGGGCAACUUACACCCUGGGGAGCACCAAACGCUAUAUAACCAACUGGUCAGAAGAUCCUGCUGUAUUCAAUGUUGGUGCAGCCUCAGCUUCAGUAUUGUGGACAGUUCUAGGCCUUGUAGUUUAAGGAAUGUGAAGAUGCAUGAAUGCGUGUCCAGAGGAGGGCAACGAAACUGGUGAAAAGUCUGGGAGGCAAGUGCUGUGGGGAGUGCUGAGGACUUUGGGGUUGUGUAAUGUCAAGAAAAGUAGUCUGAGAAGUGACCUCAUUGCUCUCUACAGCUUCCUGAAGAGCGAAAGUGGAGAUGGAGAUGCUGGUCUCUUCUCCCUGGUAUCCAGUGAGAAGGACACAUAGGAGUGGUUCAAAGCUGUGCCAAGAGAGGUUCAGACUUGACAUUAGGAAACACUUUUGUGCAGAGAGGGUGGUCAAACACUGAAGCAGGUUUCCUACGGAGGACACAAGUCUGUCCACAUUUAAGAGACAUUUGUACAAUAUCCUUAACUGUGUACUUUAUAAUAUACUCUUGGUCAGCCCUGUAAUGGUCAGGAAGAUGGACUAGAUGGUUGCUGUAGGUCCCUCCCAAAUGAACUACUCUAUUAAUAAAUAUCAUUAUCUGUCUUUUAUAUGAAGAUCAUAUCUGUCUUUUCAUUCCUUCAACAUGCCAUGGUCCCUCUGGGUGGUACUCCCACCCUCCAGCAUAUAAUUGUCUGCCCUUCCGAACAUGCUGUUAUUCCUGGUCUUGUUGAGAGUAUGUUCUGUCUUUUUCCACCAAUCACUAAUGAUCACUGAAUAGUAUUGAUCUCAGUAUUGUCUUCUGAGGCUUGUUUUUUAUAACUGGCUCUCACCCAGUUUUGAAACCAUUGAUCAUAAUUCUUGUAGCCUGACAGUUCAGCCAGGCUCUUGCUGACCUUCCUUACUGGAUGGCAUCCAGUCGGUAGAUUUUUCUUGGCUAUAAGGAUGCUAUGAGGGACUGCAUUGUGGCUCACUGAAGUCAAUGCAAACAGCAUCAGCUGCCCUGGAUACAUCCCCAGAGCCUGUCAUUUCAUCAUGGAAGGCAGUCAGGUUUGUAGGCCUGAUUUUUUCCUAUAAUCUGUCUGCCUAUACCUAGUUAUCUUCUUGUCCUUUGGGUAUCUGGAAAUUACUUUCAGAAUGUGCUCCAUAAGGCUACAGGGGACCAAGGUAGAGGGGACCAGGCUGUCAUUCCUCAGAUCCUUUCUCCUGUCUUUUUAGAAAGUUGACAUCUGUACCCCUUCCUGUCACUCAUGCAGUUGCUGCGAUUUUUUUAGUAGUUGACAGAGACCAGUCUUACAGUGAUGUACUUUUGCAAACAUUGCUGUACUUAUGUACAGGGAUGGACAGACAUUCUGUGAAAAGAGAAAUGGAGAGCUGGGAGGAGCAUAUUUACUAGUUGUCCUUAGCACACUUCCAGGAGCUCUAAUGAGGCUUGGUUUGAUAGUUAUUGGAGAAGUGCAAAUUAAAAGAAUGACAUUUCUGACCUGAUGGAUUUAUGAUUUUAAGGUAAGAUACAGUAAAGAGUGGAGAAGGCAACAAAACAUUAGGUGGAGAGAAACUCUUAAGAGGCUGGGACUAGUGCUACUGAAUGAUAGAUUAGCUUCAUGAUUGUGGUGUGCAGAGGUGUGUCUUGCCAGCGGUACUGGAUAAUGACAUUGAGUCAGUUAGAGCCAUCCUUCCAGCUGUAGGAGCUCCUGCUCUUAGUGUGUACAUGUUGCAGAGACCUGCUCAGUGGGCAGAGGGUGACAUUAGGAAGAACUUUUUCACUGAGAGGGUUAUUAAGCAUUGGAACAGGCUGCCCAGCGAGGUGGUGAGACACUCAAAAGAUGCAUAGAUGAGGUGCUGAGGGAUGUGUUUUAGUAUAGUCAUGGGCUUGGCCAUGUGAGGUUGGUGGUUGCACUCUAUGAUCUUAAAGGUCUUUUUCAUAGAAUCGUAACAGCUGGAAAUUGGGAGGAAGGGCAGCAAGAGGGGUGAUGGAGUGCCUUUUUUGUUGUAACCCCUUCUGCACUGAAGAAAGACGAUGCUACAAAAAAACAUUGUGUGUCUGGAUAUCGAAAAAGAAUUAUGUACAGUGGAUAAGAACUUUGACUAGAGUACCAGUUUUGUAUCCAGAGAACAUUUCAGUGCAGCAAAAAAAAGUGAAGGAUGCCAUUAGUCAUUUGUUGAGAAAAUGUGUUCUAAUAGUCUGCUAGGACACUAUCAAAAGAGGACAAAUUCCUGUUCUCAUUGUGGUACUGCAUUACUGUGUCUUUAUCCUCUGCAUUGUAUUCCAUUUUGUGUUUUGUGCUUGAGACAUUCUGCUUUUGUACUAACAAAGAUGGGGAAAAUACAGAAAGCCUCUUAAGGCAUAAAGCAAGAGGGGUCACUUGCUAUACAGAAGGCAAGACAAGAUUAUCUUAGGCCGUUAGCUUUUACCCAUUACAAAGACUGAACUUGGCAGAGAUCAUAAUGUCUUAAUUAUACCAGAGGAUAUCAUUCUUAGAAAUAAACUGUGCCAUAGUCAAGUGCAGGGAGACUAAACUGUCAGCAGGCAUGGCUGGCCCUGCUUCAGGUGACAUAGACACUUACAUUGUGGAGCCAGAGGGAACCUUCAGUAUCCUUCUCAACUUCAGUGGGGGUGCAUGCCUUCCCAGUUGCAAACCUGGCUGUUAGUGUGACUCCAAUGAGACAUGUAAAGAUGGGUUAACUGGCACACCAGGAAAAUAGAAACCUUGUACUAGCUCAAAGAAAUGGUAAGAGUAGAAAGUGGGCUGGCACAGCCUGUUUUAUCAGAGCAACAUAUGAAAUAUAUAUACCUGUAGAUGAUAAUCACAGAAGGUAUUGCUGAGCCCCGUAUGUAUGACCUAGAAUAGUCAUUGUCUUAAAACAGAGCUGACAGUAUUAUGAGAAUGGCCAAGGUUUUGCUAAGCCACCCUCUUUUCUUUGUAAACUGAAGGAAAUGAGAUGAACAUCACAAAAAAGGCUGCACUGGGUUAGAUUAAAGGGCUUGGUAGUCUGUCUCUCACAGUGAUUGGGUUUAGAUGCCCAGGGGGUACUGUAAGGAUGAAGUGGUUAUAUAGUGAUACUUUCCUUUCGUGUUCUCUUAACCCAGUAUCCUGUCUCAAAAACUUUCUUCAAGGCUAGAGAAAACUUUUUUGUUCUUUCUGGCAAUAGUAUUUAUCCUGCAACUGGAUUUAACCAUAUUUUGAGAGGGACGUGUAGUCUGACUUUAGCUCAUCUUUCUUGGUAAAAAGUUUUCUUAUUAAUUACCCUCUUGAUAUGGAAAUUGCAUCUUCUCUUAAAAUAUUCUUUUCCUAAUACCAACAUCCUGACAUUGUUUCUUGCUAUGCUUUUUUCAGCUAUGUUGAAAAGUCCUAUUCUUCCUUUUCAACUAGUCUGCUUUGUCAUGCACAACUACUCAGUCAAUGAGUGCUAUGUAAUCCACUAACCCAUAUAAGUCAUUUUUCAUAAGCUUCACACUGCAAACCUUGUCAUUUAACCUUUAAUUAUGCUCCUGCAUGAAUAUCCACUGUAUUCCAUAUCCAUCUGAAUUCAGUUCUAGCGUCUACACUCCAUUCUUUACAGAAGCAGAAACACUUGCUGCCCUAUUGCUCUUCAGCCUUCAUAUAGAUCCAAAUGCUGUGCUAGCCCUUGCUGCCCAAGCAUUGCUAUAGCAGCACUGUUAAAGUGAGAUUCAGGCCGUUGAUCUACAGUUCUUACUAAUGCUUUUCAAUGCACAAGAUACUAGAAAGUAGGAAUAAUUCUUUUGGUUUUUAAUUCCAAAAUGCAUUGCAUUUUUUUUAGCAAUGUUACAGUGCAAUUUUGGACUGACACUUUUUAUAACUGGGAAUACUUUGGAGCUCAGUCUUUUUAGUUUUAUCAGGAGAGGAUCUCGGGCGUCUUGCCUGUGUGGUAGAAAGUCCUUUAUGGAAAUGGAAAUACUAGGUAAUAAAGUAUCUUGUGCAGAUGGGCAUAAAAAUUAACUUGAAGCUAAAGCCAAAUGAAUUCAAGUUAGGAAUAGGAUGUGAGCUUUUAACUGUGAGGACAAAGGACGUUGGAACAAAGUAUUGUGGUAAGCAGUAGCUUCUGUGUAUCUUCAGGCUUCAAUUUGCAGAGCAGCUUUGUAGAAGGAAUGUUACAGCCAAAUCUAAGCCAUUGAAAUAAAUACAGAGGCAUCUAAAAUACAUUGAAUGGUCAGUUUUAUAGUGAAGGUCAGUCUACACAAAAUCAUAGUUGCUUCUGCUUUAGAACCCCAGAGAGGACAGAAAACUUUUUUUCUACAGUGUAGAAAUCUCUUCAGAAACGGUUGAUGUUUUGGCACAAAUAGGGAAAAGUCGUAAUGUUUAUGGUGUUUCAUGAUGUUAUCAAAAGAUUGUCAUGAAAUUUGUGCAGGAAAGUGAGGUGAAAAAAAUAUAUCUGUGCCAACUGAAAUGAAGCAUUAUUCCUGCAUGCUGGUUUAUUUGUGAGCAGUGUAACAACAAAUGAGUGUGCAACCUUCACAACCUCCACCAUCACUCAGCAUCCUUGGUGAGGAUUCCCCCAUUCUUGCUGUACUGGAAGCUGUCCUGGGGCAGCGUUCCUUGUGUACAUGCUCAGCUUCAGCAGCUCUGUCUCAGUUCAUUGGCUCAGCUGUGUGAACUGCCUCCACAUUGCACUGAAAUUAGAAACAAAUGAGGGACAGUAUUGAUGGGCUUAUUACCUUGAUAGGCUACUUGCCAAAAAGAUAUACCUUUGUUAAUAACUAUAGUAGUUACUUAUGCUUUUCUCUCUCAUGGCAUAUAAGAUGCCUCCUUGUAGAAGUACCCUUUUGGUAGUGUAUACCCUUCACUGUAAGGAGCAGAUGGUAGGUUUCCUCAAGUGGAAGAGCUCUUCAGAACUCACCUGAGAUAAUGUGACUGGAGAAAGCAAUUUUCUGGUAAUGUGUACUCUAACAUUAGGAAGCAAUGAUUUCUUGAGCUUUUUCAGCUUUAAAGUACACUACGCUGCACCUUUGUUUCAAAAUACCGUUAAUGGAAUAGUGCCACAUUUGAAUUGUUGCUUCAAAUCUCAAGUCCUUCACACGGUGUUAAUGUCCUGUGCUAGCAUUUGUUGCCCACAUUGGUGCAUGCUAGACCCCGUUGCUGGAAGCUCUUCUGUGAGCGCCAGGAACGGAGGCUGGCCUGGCCUAAGCACACACCCUGGACACUGCUGAAGCCAUUGAAUUUCCUCUCAAGUUUGGCAAUACCAGGCAGUUAGCCAAAACUACCAUCAGUUGCAUGGUAGCUUCCUCCUUCUGUCCCAGAGGGCUUACCUAGAGGUAGUUCACAAACAAGUCUACUCAAAAUCUUUGAAGAGCCACGUUAUGCAUGUUCCAAGUGUUUUAUGAGGUUGUAAGAUUUAACUGUUGAUAGGGAUUGGACUCUGGGUUCUUAGGACUGUGUUUUGGGGCUAACAUGUAAAUAAGGAAAAUUCUUGCUUGUAUUCCUUUAUCUUAAACAUGAUGUGUAUUCUCUGAAUGAGGCUCUUGCACAAUCUUUGUUCUGGUUACAGAAACUGGAAAUAAAAUCAAUAUACAAGAGAAGUGUUUUAUCUGAUAUAAAGCAAGCUGAGUUGAGUGUGGGAGAAGAGAAGUUUCACUGACAUCUAACUAGAUUUACAGUAUUGGAAUGUCCAUUAAUCUACACGUUCCUUGACCAUUUCCUUUAAGUUUAAACUGUAACCUGAAGGUCUAUAGGGAGUUGCUAUGCUUUUCUUCCUUUGAAUUGCACACUUGAGUGAAGGAUUUGAGAUAAUGUAUCAUGUCCAUUCUUCAGUUUUCACAAUGAUUUUGUUUCUCAGUUUGUCAUGAUGUGAGCUGUGGAAUUUGAAACAAUUCCAGAGUUUCUUAAACAGCCUUUCACUUCCAAGCCACUGCUUCAUAUCUGCCCAGUCCCAGAAGAGGUUUCAUGUAAAUGAGCAGGUCAGUUUCCCUUGAUAGUUUAAUGGAUAUCUAUUCAGUUUGCCAACACUAGCAUCCUUUUAAGGUAAAUUGGCAUCAUUCUUUUUUUUUCCCAUGAGAGCAGUGGCUUCAAAGAUCAAAUGAGCAGUGCACUUUUUUGCAUGUAUUUGUGUCGCAAUAUGGACAGCUAUACACACUUAUGGAAGGAACAAAACAGGACUCCCUCUACAUUAACUGUUCCAAGGAAUAAAUGGGGAAAAAUUACAUCCCAAUUUGAUUGAAUGCUUGUGAACAAA